CACACCGCCGCGGCGGAAGUAGUGUAGAUAGGAUAGCGUCUUAACGAUAGACGUCCAACGGGGUCUAAAGAAAGAUUCUGAUUCUAGUUCGAGUAGAAUUUUGUACGUGUGUAAUUGGCUUAGUAGGAACUGCGGGCUUACGCAAGGCGAAAUACCUUAGAAACGGUUCCGGUCCGAGUAGCUGAAGACAAACAACAAAAAACAAAACGAGAGCUGUUCCGUCUCCGUACUGCGCCAUCGUGGCUUUCCAGCCGCCCGUCUCAUGCCAGCUCGUUCAGCUAGCUAAUUAAUUUGCCUACUAGAAGCGAAGCUAAGAGGAAAAGAUUACCCCCAGACGAAAGGAGGAGUUCCCCUUGUGCUAGACUGUUCUUUUCAAAUUCAAUUUAAGGAAGAAAAUUCUUCUUCUGCUCCUUCGGAAAGACUUAAUUUUUUUUUUCGACUACCUGCUUUGUUCAGUUUCUUGACUCGUCAGUACUGAAACGUUUCAAGGCCACUGAGUGCAAACAGCUUGAGACAUAAUGUCCCAGAAGAACCCAUCAGAUGCUGGCCAGAAAGGCUUUGCUGUGGGUCGUGGGCUCCUAGCCGCUGCAGAGACCUUAAACUUCAGCAUGAACGAACAACGUUCUGGUCCUCCGAGCAGGCCCAUGGGUGGCAUGGUUUCCAGCAUGGGGGGUGGGGUUGGAGACAGCCAGGACCGUAGCUCCCAGCUUUCCCGGCGUGGUGGCGGUAGCCAUCUUGGCAGCACCAUGAAGUUAUUCGCCAGCUUGGGGCUGUCACCCGCCGACCUGGAUGCCCUGGCACAGAUUCCUGAAGAGGACAUCAGUGUUGAGACGCUGCCACAUAUUCUCAUGCAGCUUAAGAGCCGUAAGGGAGAUUCUGGAGACAGGCGCAUCACAGGCAACCCACGGGAUCUGUCUUCCAUGUCCCCUGAAACGUCCUACCGCGGUGGCAGGGAAGACUGGGACAACAUGCACAUGGGGAGAAUGGGCGGUCCUUCCAUGGGUCAAGCUUCGUCUCGAGCCCCACCCCAAUCAGACUUUGGUUAUGGUUCCAUGCAGGACACUCCCUCCUCCCGGGGAUAUGACUUAGAUUAUGGCAAUAACAACAGUGGUGGGAACAGAGAGAGGGGUUAUUCGGAGCUUUCCCAUCGUGAUUCCUACGGGGGACUCGACAUGGGGCCCUCUCCCUCAGAGCCUGUCUUUAUGCAGAGGAGGAUGGGCUCCCCUUCUCACGGCAAAAUCCAAGACUUCUUGGGAGCCAUGCCCCCAAUGUUCCCUCAUGUCUGCUCUCUUUGUGACUUUGAUGUUCAUUCCACCAUGGAGUGGAAUCAACAUACCAACGGGCUGCGCCAUGCUGAGAACCGCAGGCUACUCCUCCAGAUGUAUCCAGACUGGGACCCUAGCAUGGCCUCAAGCAGAGGUGGGGGGUCUCAUCUACUGGAGACUCCCAACCUCUCUGCAGGGAUUCUGGGCCCUGCCCCCAUGUCCACGGGUCAGACACCAGUGGGCUUGUCUUCCAACUGGGGAGGUGGACAUGGUUUUUCAGGCAAAACUCAGUCUCACGCUGGACAAGCAAAGAUGAGAAGCAGAGUUGUGGUGGCCAAAUAUGACAGGAAGCCACUCAGCAACAAAAGCCUGUUUUCCUUCACAGAGCCCUUUGGUGUCCUACGGGAGCACCUGAUACUCAACAACAAGGCAUUCUUGGAGAUGGACACUCACCAAGAGGCUUUAGACAUGGUGAACUACUACAAGCAGCAUCAAGCCACCUUGUAUGGAAAACCGGUUACUUUCUACCUGUCCAAGGAGCUUAUGGUGAUUGAGAAAGACAAUAGGUCAGGAGACGGACCCAACAGAGAGGUCAAAGGGCAUGGCAGCCAGGUGGUGUUCUUCUCCAACUUGCCCUGGGGGGAGGAGAAAAAGAUGGAGCUGCUCACUGUCGCCAAGCGUUUCGGCACUGUGGAGAAGCACCUGUUCUUAACUGAUGAGGCGUUUGUCCAACUGGGGACUCCAGAGGAUGCAGAAAUGUUGGUGAAAUAUUACACCCUGAACCCCCUCACCAUCAAAGGCAGGUCGAUCCGCCUCAACAUCUGCACCAAGUACAAAACACUCAAUGUGAACCGCAGAGGAGGACAGGGGGUGCCUCGAGGGGAUGGCAGAGGACGGAAGCCCUCCAACAGCUCUGCAGCAAAGCCCUCUUUCAAGAACUCAUCUUCCAAGUCUGCCUCCUCCUCAUCAAAGAGCAGGGAUGAGAAGAAGAAAGAGGAGGCCAGGCCUGAGUCGGAGGAGGAGGUGGCAGGAGUAGUGGAGGCAGACAGUGGAGAAGAGGAGGAGGAGCGUGAGGAGAGCACUGCCAAGGAUAGAGACAAAGAGACGGAAGACUCGGAGGUUCAAGCAUCAGUUGACAAGACUGAAUCUGAACAGACCGCCACAGAGGAGGUUCCAGAAUCCAACAGCGUUCCAAGAGAGGAGGUUUCUGGUAGGGAGGACAUCACAGAGGGGGCAGAUGGAGAUAUGGAGGGGGCGGAGACAGAGGGACAGACUGCACCAAUGGAAACGGAAGGCUCCCAAGAAGAAGCAGAGGCUCAAGAUGAGCUGACCACGAAGCCUGGAGAGAUCUCGGAGAUGGAGGGAGAGCAGCUAGAGGAGGACUUGGAGGGCAGCAUGGACGAGAAAUUUCUAGAGAACAUGGACGACUUUGUGACCCUGGAUGAGCUGGCAGAGGACGAGGAUGGUGAUGGCCAGAAGUCUGAUUCUUGUGACAAGUCAAGAAAAGGGGGCAUGAGGGUUGUCAACAUCGUUGGCUUCAGGCGAGGCUAUGGCUUCCUUAAUGAGCUGCUGGCAUUGGCUAAACCCUUUGGGAAAGUGGUCAAACACCUGGUUCUUGACUUAAGACCUGAGGCUUAUCUGCAGUUUGCAACAGAGGAUGAGGCCAAAGCCAUGGCCAAGUUUUACAACAGUAAUGUCACAGCAUCUGUGUGUGGCAAACCUGUGAGGAUAUGUCAUUCCCAGACCUACCCCACAAUCCAGUGUGGUGCCAGUAGAGUUGUAUAUGUUGGCCAAAUCCCCAAUGUCAAAUACUCAGAUGGUGCCAUCCUCAAAUUAUCAGAGGAAUUUGGCAAAGUUAAGAAGUAUUUUCUCAACAGGAUCAAGAGAGAGUGUUUCAUUGAGAUGGAGAAUGCAGAAGAUGCCGAGAACAUGGCUGAAACCUACAAAGCCAAUCCGCCAAAGUUCCAAGGUAAACGCCUGACCGUGUACGUCAGCAGGAAGUACAAGCAGCUGAAAUACGGGCACCGAUGCCCCAGCGCGCCAGAGGAAAAGAAGGCAUUGAAGAGAGAUGGUAGCUCAGCAUCCCAAUCCACCACAGAAGAACCUCCACUCAAGAAGCUGAAGGAGGAGAAACAAGAGGAGGGACAGGAGAAGAAGGGCGAUGAGAUGGAGGUGAAAAAAGUCAAAGGAGUGGAGACUGAGAAAGAAGUGGAGGAGGAUGAGAAGCAGAUGGAGGAGACGGAAGAAAGUGCAGAGGUGUCCAGCAGUGAGCUGAAGAGUGUGACAGACCCAACAGGGACUGAGGAGAAGGAUCUGGCUCCUUCUAGCGAUGCCUCAGAGAACAUAAAGACAUCUGAAGUUGAUGUGACGUUUGAGGAGGCAGAGGCCUCUACAGAUCAGAACCAAGGCUCGGGUGCUGAACAGGAUCAACAGACUGAACCAGAGAUACAAAUGGAGACAAAGCCCAUCCCCGCCUCCCUGCCCCUACCACUCUAUGACCCCAAUAACCCCAUCGGUACCGAGUAUGUAAAGAUGGGUUACUACUGCAGGGUCUGCUUCCUCUUCUACUCCAACGAAGACACGGCCAAGAAGGCUCACUGCAGCAGCCAGGCUCACUACGACAAACUCCAGAAACACCUGGAGAAAGAGAAGGCCAAAGGACAAGCCAACAGGAAAGGGAAGAAGCCCUCUGCCUGACCACCAUCACACUCGAUCACAUGCAGAAUGCGCCGACAUGGUCCAGAUGUUUGAUAAAGUCUUGUUUGUUUUCCUAGUUUAGUUGAUAAAGUCUUGUUUGUUUUCUAGCCUAGUUGAUAAAGUCUUGUUUGUUUUUGUUUUCUUAGACUAGCCCAGUUGUCUUUUAAAGCACUACAAGGAGUAAAGAUUGAAUGUGUAAGGAAGGAAGCUCUUUGUGUGCCCAAAU